CCCCAGUACGCUCAUCAGUCUCAUCCUACAUUUGUUUUAUUUUGCGUCCAGCCAAGGGUCAGACAAGCAUCCCCUCCGGCCCGCCGGACUCCGGAUUCUGCUGCAGGCCUCGUGCUUCACCAUCCCAGCCGCCGCCUCUUCCUCGUCUUCUCUUCCACGGUCCCGGGUACAUAGUAUGAUCAUUAGGUGUUCAGUUUCCCAACAAUUUUCUAUGGAAAAUCAAGGAAAGUGGACCAUGGUUGCCGUGAGCAACUUUGAAGAGCGGGACACCUUUAGAGAAGCUUGAUCAAGGUGCCAUCAUCGUGAAACCCUUCAAGCCAGGACUCCGGCAGAGUUCCUUUAUCUCGUCUUGCUCAAUCAGUGGAGGCCAUCUUUCCAUUUCUCCUCUGCCUCCCGGGAGGUAGCAGAAAGCCAGUAUUGCAACAUGGUUGGAUUCAAGCCUACAGAUGUGCCCCCCACAGCCACUGUGAAAUUCCUUGGGGCUGGUACUGCUGCCUGCAUCGCCGACCUCAUCACCUUCCCCCUGGACACAGCCAAAGUCCGGCUGCAGAUUCAGGGAGAGAGUCAGAGGGCCAUCUGUACUUCCUCUACCAGUGCCCAGUACCGGGGUGUCAUAGGCACCAUUCUGACCAUGGUGAAGACUGAGGGCCCUGGCAGCCUGUACAAUGGGCUGGUGGCUGGAUUGCAGCGCCAAAUGAGUUUUGCCUCUGUCCGAAUUGGCCUCUAUGACUCUGUCAAGCAAUUCUACACCAAGGGGUCUGAACAUGCAGGUAUUGGAAGCCGCCUCCUGGCAGGCUGUACCACAGGGGCACUGGCAGUAGGUGUAGCCCAACCCACAGAUGUGGUGAAGGUACGUUUCCAAGCCCAGGCUCGUGCCGGUGGCAGCCGGAGAUACCAGGGCACCAUGGAUGCCUAUAAGACUAUCGCCCGAGAGGAGGGGCUUCGGGGCCUGUGGAAAGGAACUUCGCCCAACGUCGCCCGCAAUGCUAUUGUCAACUGUGCCGAGCUGGUGACCUAUGACCUCAUCAAAGAUGCCCUCCUGAAGGCCCACCUCAUGACUGAUGACCUUCCGUGCCACUUCACCUCGGCCUUUGGGGCCGGCUUCUGCACCACCAUCAUCGCCUCCCCCGUGGAUGUGGUCAAGACGAGAUACAUGAACUCUGCCUCGGGCCAGUAUGCCAGUGCUGGCCACUGCGCGCUCACCAUGCUUCGGAAGGAGGGGCCCCAAGCCUUCUACAAAGGGUUCAUGCCUUCCUUCCUCCGCUUGGGCUCCUGGAAUGUAGUGAUGUUUGUCACCUACGAGCAACUGAAACGGGCCCUGAUGGCAGCUCGAGCUUCCCGGGAAGCGCCUUUCUGAGCCCUCUCCUGCCAGCUUUGUGCCUUGUUCCCCCACCUUCCUUUUGAGUCCAGGCGCCCCCCCCCAUUCCUUCCUAUCUUCCCUUUUCCUCCUCUGCCCUCCCUUACUCUCUUAAGAAUCACCCUCUUACCCAUUUAAUUCCCUCUCCAGCCCCAUCCUCUGCCAUUGCAGCUUUUACCCAGUUCUCAAGCGCCUUAUGUCCAAUAAAGCUAGACCAGAACCCA